AUGGAGCCCGAGGUCUCGGAGACUGAGUUCUGGACUGAACUUCAAACGAUCGUCUCCAAGCCCUGCGACUCCGAAGACCAGAUCGACGAUGCCCUCCGAGCUUAUCUCAGUCUAACAACUCAACAUAAAGAUGAAUAUCUUCAGUCGGAAACCGAUAUCUCGCGCUGUUCCUAUAAGCUAUUUACUUCGAGUAUCUUUGCUACACAUGCGGACUACGUUCGACGACAGAUUCUCUACGGUCUUUUGCAGGACGAUGACCCGAAUACCCUCCACUUCCUUGCAUCAUUCAUUCUCUUUGACGGUCGACAGAAUGAAGUUGUGCUUCAAAUGCUGAAUGAUGAGGGCGUGUUUGCGCGUCUCCUCGAGCUUAUACAGGCGAUGCGGAGGGCAGAUCUAGACGGCGACGCGGGUCUUCAUCGCUUGUUGAUGGACCUUGUUUAUGAGAUGUCGAGAAUACAAAGAGUCAAAAUUGAAGACUUGGUUCUUGUGGAUGAUGAUUUUAUUCGCUGUCUCUUUGAUAUUAUCGAGGAUCUUUCUUACGACGUUACCGAUCCGUAUCAUUACCCCGUGAUUCGGGUGCUGCUGGUUCUGAAUGAGCAGUUCAUGAUCUCCGCUCAUGAUCCGGUUGACGGCCGGCCUUCUGGUCAAUUGACCAACAAGGUCAUCAAGGUCCUAUCUAUGUAUGGUGGGAUGUAUAAAACAUUCGGGGAGAAUAUCAUUCUUCUUAUUAACCGUGAAGCCGAGACAUCCCUACAGUUGCUCACAUUGAAACUUCUUUAUCUCAUAUUUACCACCCCUAGCACAUAUGAGUACUUCUUCACGAACGAUCUACAUGUUCUGGUCGAUAUAUUGAUCCGGAAUUUGCUUGAUCUACCCGAGGAGGCCUCCGCACUCCGGCAUACCUACCUGCGUGUUCUUUAUCCACUCCUCGCUCAUACGCAGCUACGAAACCCACCGCACUACAAGCGCGAUGGAUUACGAAGGCUGCUCAGCAUUCUUGGUCGGGGCCAAGUCUCAUAUGGGAGCGACUCAGAGCACGAAAAAAUCCUGCAUUUCGAAGAGGUCGAUGAAACCACACGUCGACUUGUCGCUCGGUGUGCGACAGUGGAUUGGCUCCGCAAUGCCGAACAGCCCGACGCAGCAGAAACGCAAGACACCCCCACUCAGGUGACAACAACUACAAUUGAAACCGUCCUAGAUCAAGCUGAGCAGCAUGCGUCACCAAUCGAUAUGGGUGAACCACUCGACAGCUCUCGCACACUCUCGCGAACAAGUACAAUCGCUAGCUCGUCUGAUACAACAUCACCAACGCGAACAAACUCGUAUAGUUCGUGUAAUACCUCGAGAAGUCGGAAACCCAGCUUAAUCCACCGGCUCGGCAUGAACCUGGAGCCCGCAUCCUCAUCUUCACUGAGCGUUCAGGCCGUUGCAGCACAGCACGAAAAACCAGGCGUAAUAACCCCCAGCCGCAAAGAUGGAGUUCCUGCUGCUGCUCUCAAUGACGAGACGCCGAUAAUCCGGCCACCAAAGGUCAAACCAGAACCACCGAAAUCUCGUCGCUGGCGCGGGCGCCGUCUGGCCGUGGAUGAAGAAGAGCACCACUCUACCUGCACAAGCAGCGACGGGAAUACCAUCCCCGAAGGCGUCGAAUUCAGCCCUACCACCGUUUUUACCCCCAACACACCACCAUCACAGGUACAUAUUGGUGAUCGCCACGACUCCGAGUCAGGUUCUACUCUUGCGCCGCCGGGUCCACGGCCGCGGCGCCAUACGACACCCUCUUCAAGUCACCACCGCCCUUCAGUCCCAGCAGCAGGAACAGGCAGACAUGGGCAGGCUCCACUUCCGCCAAAAACACGCCGUUGGGGACGUGGCAAGCCUCAGCAUGAACAGAGUGAUUCGGUCGAGAGUGGGGCCAGCAGUGUUAGUCCAUCAAAGGAACCGGAGACUGCUGAAAAUACCACCGUGUCUGCUCAGCAAGAACAUUCACCAAAGGACAGUGUUCUUUCGGACCCAUUCUCGCCGAAGUCCCCCACAAUGUUGAUUUCGCCGUCUGAGAUCACUGCAGACAAGACAGAUGAUCCAACCGAUGGUGCUGGUGAUGACCAUGCGCCUGUUAGUGUAGAGGAGGCAGUGCAGAAUGUCUCUCUACAUUGA